GGAGUGUAUUCCAGAGUCUGAAUAAACAGGAACAUGCUAAGACAGUGUAUCUGUUACUCAGAACUACCUGCAGGUACAAGUGCCACCGUGUUUCAUAGGCUAGAGAAGGGUAAAUCUUCAGCUGAGCAGGAAGAGUGAGAAGCCAUAAUGGAUGGAACACAACGUGUGUGUGUCAAGCUCCUUUUGAUUUGUCAUACAGUAGUGAUGUUUUCUGUUCAGGCUUCAGAUCAGACUCCCCCCGUGAAUGAAGACAUGCAAACAGAAGCAGCAUCCAAUGAAUCUGGAAAUACAACCAUAUCUAGAAGUACUGUAAUGACAACCAUUUCAGAUAAAGAAGCAGUUAAUACAACCACAGUGCAGAAUAUAAGUUCCAGUGGGAAUACAAUUGCCAUGACAGCAAAGAUAACUAGUUCAUUGGCUUUAACAACUUUGUCACAUUUUGCACGAAGCACUCUACAUCCCCUCAACACAGACACUAGCAGCCCUUCAGAUAUUACUAUUAGAUUCAACACUGUUGUGACAUCACCUACAGUUUCAACCUUUAAUCGAGCAACUGAUAAAGAUUCGAAUCCCAGAACGUCUGCAAUCACAUUGAAACCAACAACUCAGUCUUCUACAGCCACACAACUAAAUACUAGCAAAGCUUUGGAUUCAGUUUCUAUAACACACGCUUCAGGAGGAAUUCAUCUAACGAAUUCAGAGGCCAUUCUGAUCAUUAUUUUCAGCAGCAUCCUCACAUUUGCUGUUCUAGCAAUUGUCAUAUGCAGUCUUGAUAAGUACAGGAAGAGAAGAGCUCAGUAUUCCCAUCACCCACUAUAUGACACCUCUUCUGAAACAGAUGACAUAUACACUACUCCAGAUGACACACUGAUGAUAUCAGGAGGACUAUAUGAUGCACCAAGGGUUUAUAACCCCAAUAUGACUGUACUGGACAAUGAUGAGCUUCAAGCUGAAUACUUACCAUUUGGCGCCAGACCUGGGAAGUUCAGACUUGAAAUUUUAUCUGGGGGAAAUUAUAAAGGACUUUCCCCAACCUUUGAUAGAUUUCAGUCACCACCAUAACACUUAUAAUGUAGUAAUAAUGAUAGUAGUAUAGAGCAUCUUUCAGGAUAAGAUGAUCCCUCACUCUCACAGAUCUUGGGAGACAGACCUGUCCUCGCUUACAGACAACUCCCCAACCUAAAGCAAAUACUCACCAGCAACCACACAUCACUGAACAAAAAUACUGAC